GGGCGGCGGGGCCCGGGGCCCAUGGAGCCCCCGCCCCCGGGGGCUGCUGCCGCCGCGGCUGCCGCCCUCCUCACAGUUAUGGACCCUUCAGUGACCCUGUGGCAGUUCCUGCUGCAGCUGCUGGAGGAACAGAGCAAUGGGCACCUCAUUGCCUGGACGUCCAGCGAUGGCGAAUUCAAGCUGGUGGAUGCCGAGGAAGUGGCACGGCUCUGGGGCCUAAGGAAGAAUAAGACCAACAUGAACUAUGACAAGCUCAGCCGGGCCCUGCGCUACUACUAUGACAAGAACAUCAUACGCAAGGUCAGCGGCCAGAAGUUCAUGUACAAGUUUGUCUCGUACCCAGAGGGGGCGGGCAGUGGGGAGGAAGGGCGCCGGCCCGAGGCCCCCGCUGAGCCCCCCAAGCUGCCCCCCGCCCCGGGGCUGCUGCCUAAGACCCCGCGGGGGGCCGGGGCCGGCGCCCCCCCCCGCAGCAGCCGCAACGAGUACAUGCGCUCCGGACUCUACUCCACCUUCACCAUCCAGUCCCUGCAGGCUCCGGCCCUGCGCCCGGCCCGCCUCGAGGCCCCGCUCCCCGGUGACUUCCCCGGGUCCGAGCCGCCUCCGCCGCUGGACAUUAGCCUGGAAACGGAUGAGGCGGCUGUCCCGCUGCAGGUCAUCCUGGCCCCCACGGAGGUCAAAGUUCAAGGAUCGGAAGAAGAGGUGGGGGCUGAGCGGCUGCCCUUCCUGCCCGAAGUGAAGGUGGAGUUCCCGGAGGAAGAAGAGGAGGAGGAGGAGGAGGAUGGGGACCGGGACAGAGGCGGGGGUAGGGAAGCACCCAGCGAUGAGGCCAACCCCGAGCCAGACGGGCCCCCUGCUAAGCCGGAUGUCCCGCCUAGUGAGAAGGAGCUGCUGGAGAUGGUUGCUAUGGAGACGGUGGAGGCGGAGCUGGCUCUGGGCCUGACCGGAGCCGGAGCUGGGACUGUGGCCGGGGUGGGGGCCCAGGAGAAGGAGCAGGUCCGGGCUGCUGAGGGGCCGCAGCCCCAAAAGAGCCGCAAGCCCAAGGACCUUGAGCUGCCCUUCACGCCCAGCCUCCUGGCCAGCCCCGCUCCUGACCGGACCCCGGGCCCCCCCAGUGGCCUCUUGGCCCCCGGAGGCACCAGCGCCUCUCUCACUCCAUCUGUCAUCACCUCUCAUGCCCUGACGCCAGUGCUUCUGACACCGAGCUCCCUGCCGCCGACUAUCCACUUCUGGAGCACGCUCAGCCCCAUCGCCCCCCGCAGCCCGGCCAAACUCUCCUUCCAGUUCCCAACCAGCAGCAGCUCCCAGGUUCACAUUCCCUCGCUCAGCGUGGAUGGACUCUCCACCCCCGUGGUGCUCUCUCCUGGGCCCCAGAAGCCAUGACUUCUUUUUCCUUUUCCUUCCUUACUCCCCCGCUCCCCUUCUCCAAAUGAGGGGAGGGGCCCUUCGGGUUUUCAGAGGAGGGUGUAAGGUGUAAGCCAUGGGAGUGGAGGGGCUCGGGGUCUUCUGGAAGCUGCAUGGUGUCAGGGGAGACCCUAAGGGCUGGAGGCUGUUUUGAGUCAGCUUCAGGUUGAGAAGGAUGCCGUCUCCCUCCCCAAACGACCUCUGGGCCCUGGGGCUUGGCCUCUAGACCCUCUCCGUUGGGGUGGGAGGAUCCCUGGGGCUUGACCAAAGCCUCCCCGGAAGCUGGAGUUUCCCGUUGUAGUCUGGAGGAGAUACGAAGCCCGGCCCAGGUCCAGAUCCCUGGUCUCUUUCUUGGCUCCCCGGGCGGGAACUGUUGGCUUAUGUCCUCUUGAGAGUGUGUGUGUGUGUGUGUGUGUGUGUGCGUGUGCGCACGUGUACGCAAGUGUGUACAGAUAAAGGUAACUCCUUGUCGUCACAAACGUGGCCCAGAAGGCCGCCCUGCCUUGCCCUGGCCUCACACUGUUUCUCCCGCAGUUGCAGGAGGACAAUUUAUUUAUUUCCUGAGGACCCUAGGGCACUGGCUCUUUGCCAGGGAAAAGGCAGGUGAGGAAGUCCCACCUCCCUCCUUACCUUCCCUCUCCCCCCACCCCACCCCAUUUCCUUCCCACACUCCUUGCUGUCGCUGCCAUUUCUGUUCCAGAGUAAGCACUUGAGCCGACUUGGGCGAGGGACUUUCUUUCUUUAGGACCCGGUGGGCAGGUCUCUGGCCCGGAAAUGGGGUGUAUCACGAGAACGGCAGCAGGGGAGGAGGCCCUCCCUACCCGUACGUGGCCCUUUCUUGCUCUUUCUUCUCUCGCAGAGACAUUUCUUGCCCAGCAGAGUUAGUGUGGGGAGCCAGGCCGCCGUGUCGGCUCUGAGCGGCCUGAGCGGUUGUCCGCGCCCCGUCGUGUCUCGGGGCUGAGGGUGUUGGGGGAGAGGCACCCGUCUGGGGAGCCCUCCCGGCUGGAGCCUGGGUUGGUUUGUGCAUGGGGCCCUGCCCCACUUUUUGAUAUCAUAUUCUAUUUUUUAACAGGGAAUGACAUAAGGGCUUUUUCACUUGGAAGAGGGUUCUGACUGCAUCUGAGAUGCACAGAGGGGUUGGGGGCUGCCGACCUAGAAGGAGCUGGGAGGAUGGUGGGCGAGGAGGGGGAGGCUGCAUCCCCAAGACUGGGGCCCUCCCCCUGCCUUCCUUUCGCCCCCGGCCCGGGGCUGCCCCAGGGCUCGGACCUGAGCCUUUAUUUUUGAUACCAAACCAGUAUUUUAGAGAUUUGCCAACCCUCCGCAGCCACCGUUGGCAUCCUGGGGACAGGGAUCCCCAUCCUCCCGCCCGCAGGAUGGGCGUGGUGAGGGGUCAGUUGGUCUCAGGGAGUCCCGGGGGCAUGGCUGGGGGUGGGAGGGUUGGGGAGUGCGACUGGGAUCACCUCCCCGGCUUCGGGGCCACAGUCCGAUAUCUGCCCCCUCUUUACAAGGUGGCCGCAGGGACUGGACUAGGGUGUGGGGAGCAAGAGGGGCAGCGUGCAAUUCAGGAAAUCCGGGAGCGACGUCCAAAGGGUCGCAGAGGAGAUUGGGAGGGGCCCUGGAAGAGCGGGGGAGUAAAGGGACAGGCGCUUGUUGGUCCAGGCGGGUACCCGUCACUCCAAGCCUCCGGGCAUUGGCCGGAUGCAACAGCCGGGGCCCUGGCUGCCCUUCCUUUGGGGCCUCCAGAGCGUCCGGAUGGGAAGGACAUCUGGAGAGGACUAUUUGCGGCAGCCCUCUGGAACGACCAGGGAGGGAUGCCAGGCGCCCGGCGCCAAAUCAUUUGCCUCAUGCCCCUGGGGCUGUGCUGCGAUGGGUAGCAGGGUGAGAGACGGUCCUCUCUGCCUUUAUUGAGCAUGCCCAGCAGCCACUGGUCUCCCUUCCCCAUCCCUCCAUCCCCCAGCCCAGGGUCUCUCUCUGGGGAUUUCUUUCUCUGGGGGAAAAGCGAGGCACAUUGGCACUUUUCUUGGGUCCCAUUCUGGGGCCCCGCAUAGCCAUAGGGAGGGGCACAGGGUCUUUGGGGAUCGGGAAGGAACAGCCCCUUUUGGGCUCACUCACUCAUCAAAGGGAAAACUGCUCACCCUUGGGCCGACUUGGGACCUGACGUGGACUCUCUGAGGGGGACAGGGUGGGUCCCUUCAGAGCCACCCUGGGCCGGGAAAGCAAGAGCAGCAGCAGCCCAGGGAGUCCAGACCCUUGCCUCCGGGUGAGUAGAGACUCAGGUAGUUGGCAUGGGCAGGGUCAUCGGAGGUGAAGGGGUGGGCUAGGAUGGGCCAGUCAAGUGGCCAUGCUAUUGAGAGGGGGGAGUGGUGUUUGUGGCCUCCUGGCCCAAUUCUGGGGUCACCCCGCUGUCUGGGAUCAAGAGCGAGGACCUGGGCUGGGUCGAAUGGGUGAGACCCCCCCAGGGGCUGAAGGGGGUGGUCCUGUGCCAUUUGUCUCAGUUGUUUCAUUUCCCCAAAAUGAUGUUUUUUAAGAGUUCCAGAGACGGGGAACUCUGGCUUGUAAAUAUAUAUUUUUA